AUGGCAGAAAACUCGGGCACCCAUGCUUCUGGCCAAGCAAAUGGGCAACAAAUGAAUAUGGAACAACUAUUACUCAAGCUGCAGCAAAGACUCAAUACUGUAGAAGAGGAUGCCAAGCGAGAGAAGCGCGAUAGAGAGCGGCUUGAAAAGCAAAUGCUGGGAUUCGUGGAAGAAAUUGCCAAUGAAGAGAGCGGCGGCCUAUUAUCUUCACUGACAUUAAUGCAAGAAAGAUCAGAAGCUCUCAUAAACAAAAGCUCCACUUCAUAUAGUGCUUGGCGUAAAUUGAGAAGUUUAAAGCAGAAGUUUCGAGAUAUUGAAGAGGAAGAGAAGGCUAAGGAGAUGAUAACCAAAAAAGAGGUUGAGUGGGCGACAUAUCUCGACGUGUUGAAAACUCAGCUACAAGAUGCGCGGCCCGGAAUUCACAUUCCGACAUUGGAAGAGGUUAACGGGAUAAAGGCGGACGAUUCGGAUGAUGAUGACGACCCGAGCAAGGCCCUCCCGAAUAUAGUGCAUGUGGAGGUGAAUCCCAUGAGCUGGAGCAGUUUCAAAUACCAGGGCCAUCACCAUGGAGAUCAGGCCAGGGAUCAUUUCGUCAUCGAAGUCCUCACAGAAGAGCCUUCGAUCACUUUCGACGGCUAUAACAAUCCCUGGUUCAUGCGCUAUGCUGAAAAAUCGGCAAAUCCAUCAAUGGGCGGAAGCGGAAAAGAGCAAAAAGUCAUGUCUUGGGCUGAGUUUACCAGCGAUGUUAACCGAGGCAAACAAGUUAUGCCAGAACGAAUUCGAAUCAGAUCGCAGAACAUUAUUAAAAUAUUCAACAACAUCUUUAAGAAUAAAGCGAAAGAUUAUCGCAUGAACAGUUCUCUUGUCAUGAUUCGACCUUUCCGAGCGCUUGUUUAUUACAACCAGGAGAUUCGUGAGAAAUAUGCACAGCUAAAGGAGAAAUUUGGAAACGGUGAAGCUUUGGUGGAGGAAGUCAAGCCCUUGGAAGUCAAGCCCUUGGAAGUCAAGCCCUCGGAAGUUGAGCCCUCGGAAGUCGAGCCUUCGGAUGAUAAAGAUGAAACAAAAUCAGGUGCUGAAGGUAAUGAGGUCAGCGAGGACGACGAGUUUACGAACUCGUUGACGGCAUACCAACACAUGAGCUGCCUUAUCGACUUCAUGGACAAUACGAUCCAAGCCAAAAUAGACUAUCUAUCUGACUCUCAACCUCGCACCAUUUCCUUCAACCACCUAUGGUAUCUCUUUAAACCAGGGGAUGAUGUCGUAGCACAGGGUCGACGGCAAGCCUACCGAGUCAUAAGCAUCUCCAGCACGGGGCAUAAAGUCACUCCUCCCUGGCGUGCCUGGAGGAAAGAUGAGAGCGAACCGGCCGCACAUAUCACUCUAUUUUGCGUUUAUAUCGACUUUGACGGAAAGCAACUCGGCCCGGUAUCCAAAUCCUUCAUCAUUUCAAAAUUCGACGGGGAAAAGGCGAUUACAGCUCUCGAAGUUUAUCCCAUCCGGUUCGCAGAGAGCCCUGCUUCAAACUACCAGAGCCGCGAAGAAGGUUCCAAGGAGAAGGCCAAGGCCAGUUUUCAGCAAGAGCUCAUUGACCGUGGCAAGAUGUUCAUUGAUGUCGCCAGCGUGAAGCACAUGCACUAUAAUGGAUUUACUCUAGAGGCGCGAGACGAAGUUGACAGCCAGGUCAUGGUUGACUUCGCAGAGUCCUUUGCGGCAAUGGCAGGAAAUGGGUGGCAGCCUGAAAUUGAAUCUCUAAUUGGAAAAGAUUUGGGAGCAUCGAGUUCAUCUGAAGAGGAGACUUGCUCGGCCGCAUGUUGCGCAAGCGAGUAUAUAUACAACGAUAACUACGUCGACAAGACGAGAAACGAAAACUAUAUUGCGAGCUUGAUGCCUGGUCCUGACGAUCCGAAUGACGAGCCAUCAGUAGCCAUCUACCCUCGGUUAUUGAAAGAGAUAACUGCCUCCAAGAACUCUCUGACUGAUGAUGACUUGAUCAUCAUGUCCUAUCGAGUCUUUGGCUUUGUCUUGCGAAGCCGCAAAUGGGCAAAACUCGAUCUCAAGUAUCUUAGUCCUGUUAGUGAGGGCUCGAAAGAACAGACAGCGUUUGACCAGCUGGUGCUUCCCAAGCAGCACAAGGACAUAGUCUACUGCUUGGUUGACCAGCACUUUCGAAACAAGGAAGCCCGAGUUGGUGAUAACGAAGAGGUUGACAUUAUUCGAGGCAAAGGAAAGGGUCUCAUUCUUCUCCUACACGGCUCCCCUGGAGUGGGCAAGACUACUACUGCCGAGGGCGUAGCUGAGCGCUUCAACAAGCCUUUGUUCCAAAUUACAUGCGGAGAUCUUGGUGCAACUGCUAGUGAAGUAGAAGCAGCACUAGAGAGGAAUUUUAGUCUUGCCAAUAGAUGGGGAUGCAUUCUUCUUCUAGACGAGGCCGAUGUUUUCCUUGCCCAGCGCUCUCCAAAGAACUUUGUUCGAAAUGGACUCGUCGCAGUCUUUCUUCGAGUCUUGGAGUACUAUGCCGGCAUUCUAUUCCUUACGACCAACCGCAUCGGUGAUUUCGACGAGGCAUUUACAUCUCGAAUCCACAUCAGCCUUUACUACCCACCCCUCGACAAAACAUCCACACGCGAAAUCUUCCGUCUAAACUUGAGCAUCAUCAGAAAACGAUUCGAGGAUAAAGGCCGUAUAAUCAACAUCAGAGAAAAAGACAUUCUCAAGUACGCUACUGCGUACUGGAAGAAGCACGAAAAUAUGCGGUGGAACGGUCGCCAGAUCCGGAAUGCUUGUCAAACCGCCCUGGCCAUGGCAGAAUAUGAUGCUCAGACUGCUUCUGGAGGCGGUGAUGCUCCUGCUACUCAGGUUGAACUGACCCAUCUCCAUGUUCAGAUUGUGUCUGAUGCAUAUCUCGAGUUUAUGCGAUAUCUUAAGAGUAUCUAUGGGUUCAGCGCGGAUGAAGUUGCCAAGAACAUGAGACUCCGUGCGAAACAUCCCAAGGCAGCUAAAAAGGACGAAGACGACGAUGAUGACACAACUGAUACGAGCGACGAUGAUGCCAUCUAUGGUCCUACCAAGGGAACCCAGCCAGCCAUACCCCCAUCUGCGAUAAGUGGCAUGGUCCCACCGUUGGCCGGAAUGCCUUCCAUGAUGACCGGUGGCGUCCCAAGCACAGGACAUAUGCCCGUCUCGACAGGAAUCGCAACUCCGUCAUCAACCGCCGAAUCUGCGGCUCCUCCCAUGAUGCCAGCCCAAGGCUCAUAUAUGAUGGCCAACGGUCCACAGGGCAUGUACUGGAUGCCCCAGCAGUUCCCACAGGGCCAGAAUCCGCAGGGUCACUUCAUGAUGGGUAACCAGCAGGCCAUGUUCAAUGCGGGACAGCAAAUGCCUGGCCAGAAUUGGCCGAACGGGAACGCGAACGGGGUUUGGCCCAUGAUGCAGAAUAUGAUGCCUUCUCAAACUGUGGGGAGAACGAACGAGGCGGCCUCUCCAGUAGUACAAUCGUAG